UCAGCCUAGCGUUACAACUCGUGUGGCGUCCACUUCACCAUAACAACCACCGAGGCGCGCAGGCUUCUACGUCAUCACUUCGCGCUCCCAACCAAGAUGGCUACCUAGUUUGGGGGACUGGUUUCGCACGCUAUCCCAUCACAAGUGCUUGAUACGCAACAACAUUUGUGGCCACAUGUCUUGAUAGAAGUCUGCUUUCUGUUGUUUUCAACAUGAAGUCGGACGUGGAGGAAUUAAUGCCGAGGCUUCUGCCCGUUGAGUUCGGAGCCGCUGCAGAGGACCUGGACCCGAACGGACCGCCGAGAAACCCCCGGGAGUACCUCCGGCAGGUCCAGUUGGAGGCGUCUCUAUGCCCGGAGGUGGUGGUUGCUCAGAUCGACCCCAAGAAACUGAAGAAGAAACAAACAAUCAAUGCCUCUGUGGCGGGCUGCCAUGCGGCUCCAGAGGGGUUCUCCCCCAGCCUCAGCUGGCAGCAACGUCAAGUCGGUAACUUCUCAGAUGUCAGGCAGAGCAUCACAAAGAACCGGAAUCACUGGAGCAGCCACACUCUGGAUGACAAUGUGCUGAUGCCAACGCUCACAGAUGAGGAGGGCUGGAAGAGGUUCUGUUUAGGGGAGACUGUCUAUCUGGGCUCUUCGUCCAGCAAUACAGAUGAGGAAGCAGAGCCGGCGCUGGAUUACACCAAGGUAGGCUUCCCCCCCUUCCUCACCAUAGUCAGCAGACUGAACCAGUCCACAGUGCUGAUGGUAAUGGAAGUCCUAAUUGGGUGGUUUGAGGAACACGAGUUUGCGCCGCAGUUGGGUCGCUGGCUGUACGCCCUGUUGGCCUGCCUGGAGAAGCCUCUGCUGCCUGAAGCCCACUCCUCCAUCAGGCAGCUGGCCAGGAGAUGUGCUCAGCUCCGCAGCACACUGGAGAGUAACAGGGACGAGAAACUGCCUGCCCUCAACCUGCUCAUCUGUCUUGUUGCCAGAUACUUUGAGCAGAAUGACCUGGUGGACCAGCCCGAGUGAAAUUUCCAGACAUGGAGGAAUGUGUUGCAUUCUCCCUCAGUGAAGCAACAAGAACCAAAUGGCAAAAAGAUGGACUCUUAAAGCAAAGAACUUUCUAACCACGUUGUGAAUAUCGCCCAAAGACCAUCUCAAUGAAGCAAGUUAUUUGGAUCUUCAGAUGAUCAGUAUUUGUAAAUUGAGUUCUGUAUUAAAAUAAACUGAACUGAAACUGACACCCUCUCAUUGGUCAUACAACCCGGGUGAAUGGUUGCAAAGAUGAAUAAUUGGGAAAUUGACCAUGUUAGGAACAUUCCAAGUAAGUGUGUUUGCUGGUGAAUUAUUCAAAAUUUAAGGCAUACUUAAACAGCAUGUCUACCACAGCAACAUGCCAUCUGGUUUGUCCUUAGUGGGACUGGUAUUUGUAGGACAAUGACCCCAGAGAUGGUUG